AUGUUCUGGACAGGAAUCGCAAAUUACGGCCUUCCGGAAACCAUCAUGGAUCUCAACAUCCGCCUCAUAUCAGAUCUCAAUCUCCAUCAAUCACGUAUCCUGCCCAUUGUGCUCGUUCUCUGCCCGUCGAAGCUCCAGAGCCUUACCAUUCACAUCACUUGCCAGUCGUACGGCUUGGUACCCGUGGACAACGCUGGUCGGGAACAAGAAAUGGCUGCUGUAGAGGAAGGGGGACCAUUACCGGCUUUGAGAGCUGUGAGCAUCACCUCCGAGUAUGGGAACUUCUUGCCACCGUCUUGCGCCCGCUUCCUUGGUCGAUGCGCCAACCUCCAGGACCUUCAUAUCCCAUCUCUUGAACGGCGCUGGAUCCAUGCUCUGGAGGGUUGUACCCAUCUCAAGACACUCAGAAUUGACUUUCUCAGCGAUGAAACGAUCCGACCCUUCGCGAUGGCUCUCAAGACCGGUCUGCCAAGCCUCGAUGCAAUUCAAGUUAGAACAUAUGAAUCACACAACCAAUCGCUGGACGUGGCUGCUAUGAUUUCAGCAUGCCGGUCAGGUUGGCGAUAUGUUUGUCUUCCGAGUCUGGGCGCCCCCGCAGCAGACGCCUUGAUCAAGCAUUGCUCUACCCUCGAGACGUUCAGCCUGCAAUGGGCAUAUGGUCUGACCAGCAAUCACAUGCUACAGAUCCUAUCAUCCAGCCCGAGAUUGGAGACGUUCAUAACGUUGGCCAAGGACGAGGAGUACGAACACGUCCAGACUUUCAUCUCUUGCCACGAUUUCAUUGACUUCGAGUCCUCUUCCUACAUCCUCAAGCCUUGGCCAUGCGAAUCCACCCUCAAGGUCUUCCGUGCCAAGAUCGGCGGGAUCCCAAGACCGGACAUCACUCGGACCUAUUGUGGACACCCGAUUAAGAGCCGGAUGGUAACACGGGAAGCUUACCCGGGACAAGGCCUGGAGAUCCAACGACGAGUGUAUGAGCGUCUGGCAAGGAUGACCAGACUUCAGCGACUGGAGUUGGGCAACGAGGACCGGCGGCCUAAUGUCCACGCCGACUUCUAUUUGCGAAAUAUGACGUUGCAGAGGAUUCAAGAUGUACUCCAUCAGUACAGCUGUUUGGAUAUGAAACUCGGGAGCGGACUGCGGAUAUUGGAAGCGUUGAAGGACUUGAGGGUGUUGAGUGUGGUACGGAUGGAGACCAGGAUCGGUGUUGAGGAGCUUAAAUGGAUGAAACAGAGCUGGCCCAAGCUGAUAGUUAUUCGUGGGUUGAACAUUGACGGAGAGGAGAAGGAGGCAGGGAAAUGGGCGCAGGAUGAAUCCCUAACGAUUUUUUCUAUGCCUUGUUUCCGCGUCCAUUGA